CUAGUCCGAUGACUUCAACAGGGAGCGGUGCUGUUCCUAUGGCUGGUCGUGGCGUAGGUCGUGGAGGCAGAGGUGGAUUUGUAAACCCUGUGAGAGGAAAAAGGAUCGUUGGAAAGCCACAGGCUCCAGGCCAGGGGGAAUUUCAGGAACCUUUCUCACAGAAUGAAGCUUCCAACGCCAUCGUACCUCGCCGCGGUGGAAAAGUGAUCGUCCCUCAAAAUAUCAGGAAGGCUGCCCAAGAUGUGGCCAAAAGGAAAAAUCUAGGAAACAAAGCCAGUGAUCUGGCAGACGAUGGAAAUGUUGUUUAAUCAGUACGAACAGGAUCUUAGCGCGCUUCUUGUGGAAGCCAUGUGCUGCGUCUCACAUCACAGUCUGCAAGUCGUCGGAUGGAACUCGAUCCACAAAUGUGCGCCAAAUUUGACUAUUUUUGCGCACUAGUGUUUGCAAGGACUGGGCAACAGGCGUUCUUUGUCCAUGGACCUUUUGCAGAUAUGGGAAUGGGACUUUUUCCUCUCGCAGUUUGUGGAUGGCCACUCGAAUUUCAAAAUUCACCUUUGAACGAGUGGAUGUUUUAGGUGUGAGUGACUGACAACACAUUGGGGGUUCUCAGUCUUUAUCUUCAUUUAGUCGUUUGACAACUUGCAAGUGAGGUCACAGCCUCGUAGCAAAGGAGGAUGUCAGAUUCAGGUCGAGAGCUGCACAAGAGCGGAGAUGAAUCUAAUGAGAAUUGACAGUUUGCUAGUGUAUGAUCAGAUCAGAUUUUGUAAAGAUCACUUGCGUUUUC